AUGGCACUUGACCCCUGCUCUUCUCUGCCCCAUGACGCCCAGCCUUUCUACAAGAGCAGGCGCCCUCUGCAUCUCCCUGGCGCAGGAAAUCCCCAAGUGCAGGCGCCUAGGACUCCCAUGGCCGCUAGCCUCUCCUUGCAACCGAGCUCCCUUACUUCCUAGCCAUGGACGAGCCUCCGGUGUGUCGAGCUCCCCUCUAUUGCUGUGGCCAGCGACUCCUUCAGGCGGGUCUUCAUCCUGUCGCGUUGGACGCCGCUCCUUUUCCUUGGCCACCGUCGAACCAGCGUGGACCCGAUCUGCGCUGUGCAGCAGCGCCAGUCCACAACAGCAGCCUCGACAUCCCCUCUGUGUCGCGCCCUCGGCGUGCUCGAUGUAAUGCUGCAGCAAGCAGCAGCAGCGACGCCCUUCUCUGUGUCACGCUCGCCAAGUCGGGCCUCACGUCGUCGCUCUGCGCAGCGUUUCUGCGUCGUCGUCGAAACCCAUGCAUGUGUCGUCGUCGCGCUUCGCGUGUCGUUUCUCGACAGGAAGCCAAACCGACAUGCAUGCAUGCACAACUCCACUCGGGUUUCAGCCAGGUUGUUCGCUUUAGAAAAAUUAUGGAUUUUGUAUUAUUUACGAUUCAGUCGAUGGCGUGAAUAUGUGUGUGAAAAUAUAAUUGUAUGA